UCAGUUCGAUUUCGGUUCCUUUGAUUUUUUUCGGCUGGGUCCCAAACCGAACCGAUAAAUAAAUAAAUACACACACACACACAUAUAUAUAUAUAUAUAUAUAUGUGUGUGUAUAUUAAUUUUAAUUAUAAUUUUUAAAAUCCAAAACCCUAAUGCGACACAUUUUGAAUCAUAUUUGACUUGAGAACACAAUAGUGCAGCGCCGCUCUUCAUCUUCUUCCAUGUUCGAAAAUCGAAAGUUCCAUUCCAGUCGUUCUUCACCGGCUUCCGGACCUUGCCAUCAGCCGUCGCCACUUUACCACCGCUCUUCCUUCUGCCCCCUGCUUCCAUCCUCCACCGGCGUGGCCUGGCCCUUCUCCGCUCGGCGCAACAACAGGUCAGUUUUACAAAUGUCUACUGCCUCCCUUCAUCGGCGCAGCUCCCUCCCUCACUCAAACCCAUUCAGUUGAAGUUCGAUGGGGAUGAAGACGACUCUUGAAAAUCUGUUGAUGGCAUCUUGUGAUGAACACGAAUCUAUUACUAUUAUUUUAAAAGUACAUAUAUUGUUCUUUUCUACAAAAUAUUUUAUAUAAAAGUAAUAAGAAAACAACAAUUUCGAAAAGAUUUUGUUCCUUGCCAAAUUCAAUAUUUGCUGCCAGUCAAACUUCCUAGUUCUUGGGAUCUAGCAUCAUUCUUAUCUCAUGUAUUUAAUUUGUUUCAUUAGCAUAUAUAAACAAUUAAACAAAAAUAUAAUAAUUUAAUUUGUUGAUGGCAUCUCUCGAAUAUGUUGAUGAACAUGAAUCCUCUUUCUUUCACCAGAAAUAAAACAAAUUUUCGAGCAAUGUUCAUAUGCAAAACAAAGAAGAUAAAAAAGAAUAUAGGUCGGUUCGGUUAAACCUACCGAAACCAAUAGUUUUAUCGGUUCGGUUGUGGUUCGAUUUUGGAAUGCCACUGGUGCAGUUCGGUUCUUGGGGCAAGGGAUCGGUUCGAUUUCGAUUUCCAAAAAUUGGUGCGGUUUUGCACCACACCCCUAGCAGUAUUUAACGAUCCACUAAAAUCUCUACCCCUAAAUCUAAUCUUUUCUUUUCUCUUUGACAAGUCACAAUCCAAAUCAUUUUAGACCGCUCUGAGUUGUGAAUUGCGUAGAGUGAAGUCAGUCUUGCUCAGCUCUACACAAAUUCAAUGCAGCACUCAUUAUUGCACCAAUAGCCCCAAAUUGAUUAUCCCAAAAGAAAUGGUUGCACCAGAUCCUCUUUCAAUCACAGUAAUCUGUUGUAAUAACCGAGUUCGCCCAUGUUUUUGGAAAUACUAUCUCUUAAUGAAUAUAUUUGAGCAUCGAUCGUUGUGGGUUGAAAUGAUUUUGUGGGGUUUUCAUGAAUGCGGUUUUUAUUUGUGCUUGCACGUCAACUGUUUAAUGAAAUGACUUAAGUGGUUCUUCCAUCCGUAUAGUGAAGCUCUCGUCCUGUAGAUUUUCAUUUGCAAAGAGAUCGAAAAGCGGCGAGUUGUUGUGGGCUUCCCAUCGCUAAGGAAAGAAUCACGAAUGGAUUGGAGCGUUGUGCGAAGGAUUUGGGAUAAAUGGGCAACAAACAACGUGGGGUCUUCAGGCUAGGAUUUGAAGGCAGCUCUGUUGAUCAACUAUGAUCCAACCGGACCUUCUCGCUUGGUGUCCACUAUUGCAGAGCAAGAAGGCAUAAAAGCAGAUCCAAUUGAAAUCAGUCAAUUUAUCAGUUUUGUCAAGAGAAACAAACUUCAGACGGAGACCUUCUUCAUCGGGCCAAACCAAUAUCUUGUCACCUCGAUCCAUGAGAGUUGGUUCUGUGCAAGGAGCUUGAACUCUUCGAAGCAUGCCGGUGAGGGCGCUAUAGUCAUGCAGACAUCUGCAUUCCUCUUAGUUGGACUAUAUGAUGGCUCGAUUGGUGCAGCAUCACGUGCAAUGAUGGUUGUCAAUCAGUUUGCAGCGAAGCUAGGUCGAAGAAACUAUUGAUUUCAUUGAAGCAUCCAGCAUGAAACAGAGCAUCUUUUAUGAAACAUUUUGGCUUUCAUAUAAAUAUAUAAAAUUGUGGCAUCUUAUUAUUGCAUACAUUUUAUGAUGUAAAGUCUUUUGCAGACAAUGAAAUACAUCACUGUUUUUUAACAAUAUUUGAAGCCUCCACACCAAAAGACAGAGUUUCUUUGUACUUGGUUUACAAUUUUCAUUAUUUGCAAAUCCUUAAUGAAUGAUAGGAAACUCUUUCUGCA